CCCCUCCGGUCGUACGUACGCGCGUUCUACUGGCGUCACUGUAAUUUUAAUUCGGAUUUCAGUUGUUUUUAUUUCUCUCGAUAAAAUAAAUAAUAAUAAUAUAUAUAGCAUACGUAUUGUUUUUAUUAACGGUUUAAGCGUACGGCUUUUUAGUUUUGUUAAUCGUCGUGAAAAAAGUGCGUCUGUGGCUUGUGCCGGAAACUUGGCUUGUGCGCGCCCAACGAUGUUGUUUUGUUAUCCCUUGCAAUGUUAUUUUAAUAAUAACGUAAAAGUUAUAUUAUCAUGAUCGUGAUAGUUUCCUAAAGUUUAAAUUUUUAUUAUCGCCGUGUGAAUGUGCUACGAGUGCCCAUUAUACGUAUAGGUAAUAAUAAUCGUGUAUUAAACGUAUUUCUAAUGAUGCGUUACGUGCUUUAUUGUGGUGUCCGAUCGGAAAUCUGAUGGGUACUUGGACGGCUGUAACUUAAACGAAAUCCACGACAGUUGGUCAAAAAUUUUGAUGAGUGUCAAAAGUCAUGCAGAAAAUCAAAGGGAUAUGUUUGGAACAUCCGUCAUGCGUCGGUCAUACUCUACCAUAUCAACUGUGCAGUGAUGGUAGCUGCGGUAGCAUAUUCGGACAAGGAAAAACCUCCAUGAAUAAUCUGAAAAAUGCCUCGCUCUGCCUUUACGCACUUUAUGUCGGUCAUCUGAUACGGCAUGACGACCGAGUCAACCGACCAGCCACUGCAAUCUGCUGGGCCCUUGUUCACAGACCCAAACGCCCGAUAUCGGUGCGCGUCUAAUGAUCCAUCUUGUAGUCAUGGCGUCGUCGCUCAACCGGCGACUGCCGUUAACAUGAACCAAGUGCCGAAAGGUUACUGUUAUUCGACCGAUAAUAAUCAAAUUGUUAAUAGUGAGUGUGAUAAAACUUAUCACUGUCCUAACUCAACUACAGUUGUCACAUUGACAAAUAACAUUGUUUCAACCCCAGCAGCUUUUGUAUCUUCAAUUACUGUACCAGCUGGAUGGAGACGAAUUCAUAAUAAAGGAGUUAUAAAUUAUAUAAGUCCUAGCAACGCAGUUCUAAAUUCGCUGGAUCAAGCUAAAAUAUAUUUGCAAACUCAGGGUACAUGCAAAUGUGGACUUGAAUGCCCUUUUCAGUGUGAACACGUUUUUAAUUUCGACGCAAAGGUAAUGACGAAACCCACGUCUGGCCUCAACACUAUGACCAAUCUUUGCAAUCACAAGAGGAAAAUGAUGUUUAACAAUUCCGAAAAUAGAUUUAGCAAAUAUUCCUUAGAAAUGGCAGAAAAUCGAAGAAAACGAAAACUUUCUGGUGUCCAACAACAAUAUUCAUUUCCUCCUUAUGAAUGUGAAAAAUCUGGAAAAGAAAACUUUUCUCAAGUUUCAAAUUCUCAUCAAAUGCAAUGGCCAGAUCAAUCUGCUGUUCCUAGUCAAAUAAGAUUUUCAUCCCAAGGAACAUCUGCUAUGUCAAAUCCUCAAUCUCCGCAACCUAUGUUAAAUACUCAAGGACCAGAAAUAAUUCCCCAAGGUAUGCAGCAUGUGGUGCCAAAUUCUCAAACCCCACCAAUACUAAACCAAAGUUCAUCUGUGAUGUCGAAUUCCCAAGGACCAAUUAUACCUAAUUCUCAAAGUGCAAUGAUGUCAAAUCUUCAAGGACCCGUGAUGCCUAAUUCUCAAGAUACAGUAUUACCUAAUCCUCAAGGAACAAUGAUACCAAAUACUCAAUCCCAAUCGAUGGGCUUGGGAAAUCCAAGAGUUCCUCACUACCCAAAUCAUUCAUACCAGCAAGACUUAGGAUAUGAUCAAUCAUAUCGAAAUGGUUAUAGGUAUAACUCCCCUCAAUGUAGAUCUCAUGAAACAACUGCUUUACAACCGGACUCUUCAUGUCAACCACAUCAUCAACAGUAUCAAAAUGAUAUGGCAUCACAACAAUAUUAUCAAAAAAAUACACAUAGUAUGUAUCAACCAGAACAGAUGCAAUAUAACAAUUAUGAUAGUCUAAGAACUCAAGGAAAUUGUCGCUUCAAUUGUUCUAGUCAUUGUGGACACUAUUGUAAUUCGGGUGAUCAAAACCCUAGUUAUGGUAACCAAAUUAACUCAUAUCAACAGCAACCACAGUCGCAGUCCAUACGACAGAAUGAAUCUACAACAAAUCAUGAAUAUUAUCCAGAAAUAUACCAAGAUCAAAAUAAUUAUACAGAAUCUUAUUCAGACAAUAGGAGCAAUUCAACACAAGAAUAUCAAUCAGAAUAUGAAUAUGAGCCACAAUCUCAGUCACAGUGCCAUCAUCAUAUAGAUUGUAAUUUAAAAAAUAAUGUUUGUACUGCAAUUAAUAACCAAAAUCCUGUUGAGGUUCCACAAAUAAGACCACAAACUCCACAAGUUAAACAAGUACAACAACAAUUAAAUACACAAAAUAUACAACAAUCAAUUACAAAACCACCAAGGCCUCAACAUAGAUCAACACCUCCGUGGCAGCUUAAUAAAAAUCAACAAUCAUCACAUCAACAAGUACAGCAACAACAAAUACAGCAACAACAACAAAUACAGCAACAACAAAUACAGCAACAACAACAAAUACAGCAACAACAACAAAUACAGCAACAACAACAAAUACAGCAACAACAACAAAUACAUCAACAACAACAAAUACAUCAAAUACAUCAACAACAAAUACAGCAACAAGAAAGUUCUAAACAAAUAGUUGAAGAUCGUGUGCCUCCUAUACAUCAUCAUAUUCCCCAAAUUUCCAGAGUAGAAGAAAAAACUAGAAAGCCACUUAAACAAUCUACUAAAAUAGUUAAUUUUGGUAGAAAGUCUAAGUCCCCUUCCGAAGAAGACAGUUACCCAUCAUUUUUAGAUGAUCCAAGUGGUUAUUUAGCACAACAGACAGCUCUACUGAAUAAUACAAUAAGUACAAAUUCAUUUUCACCAUUAUCUCCUCCUGCAAGACCAUACAGACAAGAAAAACCUAGAUACACAACAAAUGUUACUACAAUGGCUAGUGGUCGAACUGCUAGUUCAAAUACAAUUACUUCGGUUCUAGCUGGUAGAACUAAUACAUCUGUGGUAACUGUGAACACUUCUGAAGACCAAGUAUUACCACCUAGUCAACAACAAUCCAUCAUGUCCAAAACACCUCUAGAAAUGGUACAAAGUGUUGUAAGUAGCAUACAAGUACCUACAUCUUCAGAAAAAUCUAAUAUUCAACCAAGCCAUAUAUUAUUAACAAGUAAUGGACAAUUUAUAAUGGCAUCAACUAAAAUACAAUCACCUAACACUUCCCAAGUUCUUUCAACGGUGCAACAACAACCUACUGUUCUUGUAAAUACUUUACAGGGAGGUCAAAGUACUUUACUACUUCAGCCAGGAAAUGUUAUGACAGUUGAUCAAGUCCAAGUACCACAACUUGCUGUAGCUACAGGAAAUAUAGAUAAUAGUGGAGCAUUUUCACCUAGAGGCUCAAAUUUAUUAUCUCCGCCAGAUUCUAAACGUAAAACUAUUAAUUCUAAAAAGCGAAAAUCACCUCAAAUAUCUCCUAACCAGAACAAUUCUAGUGUAUUGUUACAACCCCAACAACAAAACUAUAAUCAGCCUGUUGUUCAAACAUUAAUACUACCUAAUAAAACUACCCAAUAUGGUAACCAACAACUUAUAACAAAUGUGAUACAACCUGUUAGUCUUGUUCAUAAUCUUCCAGCUAUCCAACAAUUCAUUGUACCAGCAAAUUUAGGUGGUGUAGUUAUGGCUGACAAUUCUAUAUUACAAGACGCAGUGCAAUUAAAUGUUAUAACCCCAUUUUCUAAUACGGGUCAAAAUAUAUUACCUACUGGAAUGGUUUUAAGGACCCCUCAAACUCAACAAAGACCACAACAAAGUAAUCAGUUUAUUGUAAAUAGUGUUGGCCAAUUAAGCCCUAUUUUAGCCAACUUGAGCCCUAAUCAAUCACAAAACCAGAAUAGAAAUCAGCAGCAAAAUGAUUACAUACAUGUAGUGCCAUGUUCUAUUCAACAAAAUCAAGAAAACACUACUGUAGUUCAACAAAACACUACCAUUGUUCAACAGCAGAUGACCAUGGUAUCAGGACAACAAGGCAACGAACAAGGAAAUUUAUUAAUAAAUGAAAAACAAGGUCAAAAUUAUAUUAUUGCUGAUAAUAAACAACAAGGGUUUAUUCUGAGUCCUAAAGAUAAACAACAAUCAGGUGGCACACAUUUUAUUUUAAAUAAUAUGAAUUCUGAGAAGCAAACCCAAAGUUUUAUUAUUACUAGUCCAACUUCUGGCGAUAAACAGCUUUGUGGAAACUUCAUUCUUGAGAAAACCAAUUCAUCGGGGAAUUUUAUUAUUACUACAACAAAUUCUGAUAAGAAUUCGAAAUUUGCUAAACACUCAGUGUCUACACAAACUGCUGCUGGACAACAAAUGUUACAGAUUUCAUCUACACCUGCUCUAAUUGUUGCUACAAACCGUAAUUCUUAUGUAGGUAGUCCACCAGAUACAACAACGUUAAGUCCUGUGAGUGGACAAAGUCCUUCAGCAAAACCAGAAAUGCCUUCAAGUUCUGUAACAGCUGAUUUAGAUGCUGCAUUAUCACCAUCGUCAACAUUAUCUGAUAUGCAAAAUAGGCAACCAAUGGUACAUUGUAUUUCAAGUAGCAACGUAGUGGAUUGGUCUGAUAAUUCAGCAGACGAAAGGAAGACUAUAUCUAAUGCUUCUGACUCACCAAACAUGUACUCCAUUGAACAUUCAUUUCCUAGAUGAUAUAAUGUAAUACGCAAAUAUUUAGUACAUGAAAAUCCAGCUACAAGGUAAUGAUGCACAUCUUGGCCAUCAAAACAAGUUCCUAUUAAAAAAUAUAAAAAUAUAAUGACAAUAUUGUGUUGUUUAUGAGAAAAUAAAAUUUGUAAUUUUAAAAGCUGUAUAAUAUUUCCUAAAUUAGGUAAAUUUAUAUAUUAUUACAAUGAAAUAGUUCCUCUGGUUGAGGCAUAUUUUAUAAAUAAUUAUUUUGUGUAUGUUAAUACUUUUUUUAGAAAAAAUUAACAAUCGUUAAACCGAAGUUCUUGAGAAUAUAUUCUUUUUAAUUUAAUGAUCAGCUUUUUUGAAUAUAUUUUUCUAUUUCCUUGAUUUUUAAAUUUCCUAAAUUAUUACCUCAAGUAUAAUAGAAUAACUUUUAAUUAGGUGUUAUUAAUAUUUUAAAUCUGAAUAAUUUAUUAAAUAAAAUAUUUUUAUUUAAUAUACUUACUGUAUGUUUAAAAUUAUUGUUUUUAUUUAGUUAUAAUUAUAAUUUUAAAAGUAAAUUUAAAAUAUUAUUCUUUAAAUUAAUAGUCAAACAAAUUAGUAAUUAAUUGUAUUUUUAUGUUUAAUGUAUUAUGUUUAUAUACAAUUUCGAAUAACAAAAUAUUUCUAUUAUCAAGUGGAGUUUAAGAUACUAGAAUUUAAAAAAAUCAUCAAUAUAUUUACCAAAUUUUAUUUGAUAAAAGUAACAAUUGAAUUGAUAAACUAUUACCAUUUUAAAUUCUUUAACACCCUUUUGUCAAUAACUAAAUAAAAUAAUUUUUUUAAGAACUUCAGUAGCAAAUGAUUAGUAAUUUUUUUUAAUUUGAAUAAUGUUUAUUCCUGUACGUACAUAUUUAAGAUUAUGUAACAGAAAAUUUUUCUAAAAUCUACUGUUUAAUUGGUAAUUUAUUGUAUUCAUAGUUUACACAAAAUAAUUAAUUAUGUAAUAUUUAUAAAUUAUUAUUAUUAUUUUUCGAUGGUAUAAUACAUUUUCAAUCAUUGUCUGAUUUUUAAUUCAUCCCAUCAUGAUAAUUAUUUUUAGGUCUAGUGGGUGCUUAUUGAAUUUACUGUCUAAUUUAUUAGAUUACUAGCUUAACUGUUACCUGUUUAAUCAUUGUAAAUAAUAAAUAUAUAUAUAAUGUAUAUGUAUUAUUAAGUAUAAUAUGUAUAUAUAUAUAUAUUUAUUAUUAUUAUGUAUAAUAUCAAUUUAACAUCAUAGACAUUUGAUGAAUAAUGUUUAAUGGUAUUUGAAAUUACAUUUUUGACAUAUUAUGUAAUAUUGAGACUUGAAUGAAACUGUUGUAUUAAUAUUUUUACUUAUUACCAAUUAUUUUUUAAACUCCGACCAUUGGUUUUUGUAAAAUUUGGAAAAAUGUCUGGAAAAAUAACUUUUCUUACAAUUUUAUUAAUGUAAGAUGUGAUUUCAUUUUUAAAGUUAUUUUCAAAUAUCAACCGCGUACAUAUUUUUUUUUAAAUAUAGUGAUAUACUCUGUAUAAAUAUAUUAUAUGUAAAAUAUUAUGUAUAUAAUCAAAAUAUUCAAUUGUAUUAACAAAUACAAUUUAGACUGUAUAUUUUAUAUUUUUAAAGCUAAUAAAAUGUUACUCGUUAGAACAUUACUAUUGUGUAUUAAAAUUUAAGAAAAUUAUUUAUUUAUUAAAUAUUAUUGACAAAUUAAUCGAAAACUGUGAUUUUAUGUUUCGUUUUAAAAUUAUUUUUUCUUAUAGUUUUUUUUGUAUAUUACUGUUUUAUUAUUAUUUUUUUUUUCAUUUUUGUUGCACGUUUAAAUUUUUUAAGUUUAUUUAUUACUUUAUUUUAAAAAAAACUUGCUCCUUCUAUAAAUGAAUGUUUUAAUUAUGAUAUUACACCUACACAUAUUUAAUAGUUUUACUUAAUUUAUUUGUAUUCUCAUCUUUAACUGACGAUACCUAUUAUCUUACAUACCAAAAUAUUAACUAUAGUCUAUAUUAAAAUAAGAAUCGUUAAAAGUUAUUGUUGAAGAAAUAAGUUGUACAGUUUUAUAUUUAAAAAAAAUUAAUAAUGAUGUAAAAAACUUGAUAAAUA